AUGCAAAGUGUUUUAAACACUGUAAAAGGCACUGCCUUAGGAGUUGCUGAAUUUUUAACACCGAUUUUAAAGGAAUCAAAAUUUCGGGAAACGGGAGUUUUAACACCUGAAGAAUUUGUCGCUGCUGGAGAUCAUUUAGUACAUCACUGUCCAACAUGGCAAUGGGCAUCGGGAGAUGACACAAAAUCAAAACCAUACCUUCCUAAAAAUAAACAAUUUCUUAUUACAAGAAAUGUGCCAUGUAGCAGACGUUGUAAACAAAUGGAAUACUGUGAAGAUAAUGAGAAAAUUAUCGAAUCUGAUGAUGCUGAUAACGGUUGGGUUGACACACAUCAUUACGACACGAGUGUCAUCGAUGAAAAAGUAUCUGAAAUGAAUAUUGAAAGUCAAACAGAAAAUACAUUAAAUUCACCUAUCAGAGGAGACAUGUCAAAUAAUUGCAGUGGAGAUAAAAAUAAAGGAGGUGAUAAAAAUUGCCAUACAAAUGAAAAUAACAAUGAUGAUGAUGAAGAUGACGAUGAUGACGAUGAUGAAGCAUGUGAUAUGGAUGAAUUUGAAAAAGAAGGAUUUCCAAUGGAUGAUGAUGAUGAGGUUUAUGUACAAACUGCAGUAGUAGCAAGUCCUAAUUCUACAGAAUCGGGAGACAUUUUGAAAACGAGAACAUAUGAUCUACAUAUUACUUAUGAUAAAUAUUAUCAAACUCCAAGACUUUGGUUGUUUGGUUACGAUGAAAAUAGAAAGCCAUUAACUGUAGAUCAAAUGUAUGAAGAUGUUAGUCAAGAUCAUGCCAAAAAAACCGUCACAAUGGAAACUCACCCACACUUACCGGGUCCCCCAAUGGCAUCGGUACAUCCAUGCAGGCAUGCAGAAGUUAUGAAAAAAAUUAUACAGAGUGUUGUCGAGGGUGGUAGCGAAUUAGGAGUUCACAUGUAUCUAAUAAUUUUUAUUAAAUUUGUACAAGCUGUUAUUCCGACUAUAGAAUAUGAUUACACACAAAAUUUUAAUCUCACCAAAUGA